AUGGGCCACGGUCCUACCCCUGCUGUAGCUUUGUCGCCAUCCUUGAGCCUAAAUUGUCAGGAGGCAUCAGGCAGCGGCUUUGUUCAAUAUGUCGACACCGCGGUGAUGGAGCCGGAGUGUCUUCCUAUGACUGCUCCUGGGUGUCGUGCCAUGCCACUGAGCAACUGUGGUGGCGUGGCCGCCCCCUCACAAUCUGUGUCAUCGGCCGUGGUUCCUCUUGGCCACUGGUAUUGCCUCACCAUAGUUGAUGUACAGGACGCAGAGCCAGCAUGGUUGGAAAAGUGCCAUGCCCAAGGGGUUUAUGCAAUGCAUCAUUCAAGGAAGGGUGGGUGGCAUGAGCCACCAUCUAUGGAGUUGCUCUUCAAGUGCGUGGAUAAUCGUGAUAAAAUGGCCAAGAAGUUGCGUUCAGAGGGGAAAUCCUGUUCCUCCAACAUCUAUGUUGGCUCGCUCAACAAUCACCACUUCACGUUAGAUUUGCUGUAUGUAGAUGUGGCAUUUACAUGUGAUCAUGUUGAUAUCAUGGCUCUCAUGGACAUUGCACCUCCGAAGAAAAUCAAUCACCUUCACUCAUUCCUCCAGUACAAGAAAUAUCCUCCCCUCGUUCCCUGCUCACCACAACAGCACCCUCCCCCCAAUCAAAGCGAUCACAUUCAUCCUAUGGAGGGCAUCAUGUUUACGGCCACUUGGCUGCAGUCUAGGGUACAUCAAGAACCUUUUGACAUUGAACUCCAUUGUUUUGAGGUUCUUGUUAGUGCCCAUUCUCUCCAGCCUCAGGGCUUGUCGAAAUUCUCGGUGCCUAUGUGGCCAACGUCAGGCCCUAUGGGUUUUGUGAUUCACCAUGUUGCACGUUGGGCUCGUGAUGAGAUGAUGAGGAAUGGCGAAACACCAUCUAUCACCCGCUCGAGUGCCGAGAUGCUUCAAUACCACCCUAAGGGUAGCAACUUGCAAAUCGUGCUUGAACCGGAUCUUGAUCAGCCUCGCUACAUGAAACAUCUUGCCGAACCAUGGACACAUCUUAUCUGA